GAAACAACAGGUACACUUUAGAGGAAAUGUGAAAAAUAUUUCACCAGAGUAUUGAUUUAAUACAAUGUCACAGUUUUCCAGUUCUACUGCAGACAAACUGACGUUUCUCCUUCCUAACAUCAGUUAUCAGUGGUCCAAAUGUUCCGCCCUUGUGAAGCGGUUCUGGAGACGUUCCGAACUGGACCCAGAUUGGACUCCUGGUUCUGGAUCGGUCCGGUCCGUUAUCAGAACCAGACGGUUCUGGUCCAGAACCCAGAAUUCUCUCUGGUUUCCCAAAACAAGACGCGCGAACACCGACGUCGCGCGCAAGCUCUCCUCCGUUCGGGAGCGCGCCCCGCUCGUCUCGGGAGCGCGCGCCGCAGAUCCAAGGACAGAGCGGCGCGCGCGCGCGAGCAUCAGGUCACCUGAAAGUCCUCCGUCAUCGCGAGCCCGAACAGAACCGGGAGAACCGGAGCCGAGCCGGGUUCGGAGCCGAUGGAUCGGCGCUGAAGCAACAGGACGAGGCGGAACCGAGUCCGCGGGUUCGGUUCUGAACACGGACUGACACAAUACCCAACCCAGUCAUCUUUGCUGUCACCGAACCGACCGGCACUAGAACCUCUGAGCCGGAACCGAGCAGGAGCGUGACCCGUCCGAUCCAGACCAGGAGGAGAACCGAGCCAACGGUGGAUCAACAGGAGAGCGACGGAACCAGAACCGGGACCCGGACCUGUAGCUGGAUCAUGGCGGCUCGCAGCGUGCUGCUGCUGGCCGCGCUGCACUGCUGCUCGGUGGCGCUGUGCGGCUGCGAGCCGCGCCAGGUGAACGUGGGCGCCGUGCUGAGCCAGAAGCGCUAUGAACAGGUGUUCAAGGACGCCGUGACGCAGGCCAACGACCUCUACGGCAAGGACAAGUUCAAGAUGAACGCAAUCUCCGUCACGCACAAGCCCAACGCCAUCCAGAUGGCGCUGUCCGUCUGCGAGGACCUCAUCUCCAACCAGGUGUACGCUAUCCUGGUCAGCCAUCCUCCGCAGUCCAACGAUCACCUGACUCCUACGCCCGUCUCUUACACGGCCGGGUUCUACCGGAUCCCGGUGGUCGGCCUGACGACUCGCAUGUCCAUCUACUCCGACAAGAGCAUCCACCUGUCCUUCCUGCGGACGGUGCCGCCGUACUCCCACCAGGCCCAGGUGUGGUUCGACCUGAUGAGGGAGUUCAGGUGGAACCACAUCAUCCUGAUCGUCAGCGACGAUCACGAGGGCCGAGCCGCCCAGAAGAAGCUGGAGACGCUCCUGGAGGAGCGGGAGACCAAGGCGGAGAAGGUGCUGCUGUUCAGCCAGGACACCAACCUGACGGCGCUGCUGCUGGAGGCCAAGGACCUGGAGGCCCGAGUCAUCAUCCUGUCGGCCAGUGAGGAUGAAGCCAUGGCCGUGUACAAAGCGGCCCGUCAGCUCAACAUGACCGGUUCUGGCUACGUCUGGCUGGUCGGAGAGCGGGAGAUGAGCGGGAAAGCUCUGAGCGAAGCUCCUGAUGGCUUGCUGGGCCUCCAGCUGAUCAACGGGAAGAACGAGUCGGCUCACAUCACGGACGCCGUGGCCGUGGUGGCUCAGUCCCUGCAGGAGCUGUUUGAGAAGGAGAACAUCACGGAGCCGCCGCGGGGCUGCGUGGGGAACACCAACAUCUGGCGGACCGGGCCGCUCUUCAAACGGGUGCUGAUGGCAUCGAAGUACCCGGACGGCCUGACGGGACGAAUCGAGUUUAACGACGACGGCGACCGCCGCUUCGCCACCUACAGCAUCCUGAACCACCAGAAGGCGGGGCGCGUCAUCCAGGUGGGCGUGUUCAACGGGACGCAGGUGGUGAUGAAUCCUCAGAGGAAGAUCAUCUGGCCUGGAGGAGAGACGGAGAAACCAGUGGGAUACCAGAUGUCCACCAGGCUGAAGAUCGUGACGAUCCACCAGGAGCCAUUUGUUUACGUGAAGCCGACGCAGAGCGACGGGACGUGUAAGCAGGAGCACACGGUGAACGGAGUCGUGAUCAAGAAGGUGAUCUGUACCGGACCCAACGGAACCAUCCCAGGUCAGCCCAUCGUUCCUCAGUGUUGCUACGGUUUCUGCAUCGACCUGCUCAUCAAGCUGGCCAUGAGCAUGAACUUCACCUACGAGGUUCACCUGGUGGCCGACGGCAAGUUCGGCACGCAGGAACGGGUGAACAACAGCAACAAGAAGGAGUGGAACGGCAUGAUGGGAGAGCUGCUGGGCGGCCUGGCCGACAUGAUUGUGGCGCCGCUCACCAUCAACAACGAGCGCGCUCAGUACAUCGAGUUCUCCAAGCCCUUCAAGUACCAGGGCCUGACCAUCCUGGUCAAGAAGGAAAUCCCCCGCAGCACUCUGGACUCGUUCAUGCAGCCGUUCCAGAGUACUCUGUGGCUGUUAGUCGGUCUGUCGGUCCAUGUGGUGGCAGUGAUGCUCUACCUACUAGACCGGUUCAGCCCGUUUGGAAGGUUUAAGGUGAACAGUGAAGAAGAAGAAGAAGACGCCCUGACCCUGUCCUCCGCCAUGUGGUUCUCCUGGGGAGUUCUGCUCAACUCUGGGAUCGGAGAAGGCGCCCCGCGGAGCUUCUCCGCCAGGAUCCUGGGCAUGGUGUGGGCGGGGUUUGCUAUGAUCAUCGUGGCGUCGUACACCGCCAACCUGGCAGCCUUCCUGGUGCUGGACCGGCCUGAGGAGCGCAUCACUGGCAUCAACGACCCCAGGCUGCGUAACCCAUCGGAUAAGUUCAUCUACGCCACGGUGAAGCAGAGCUCGGUGGACAUCUACUUCCGGCGGCAGGUGGAGCUGAGCACCAUGUACCGCCACAUGGAGAAGCACAACUACGAGAGCGCCGCCGAGGCCAUCCAGGCGGUCCGAGACAACAAGCUCCACGCCUUCAUCUGGGACAGCGCCGUGCUGGAGUUCGAGGCGUCGCAGAAAUGCGACCUGGUGACGACGGGGGAACUGUUCUUCCGCUCCGGCUUCGGCAUCGGCAUGAGGAAGGACAGUCCCUGGAAGCAGAACGUCUCUCUGGCUAUUCUCAGCUCGCACGAGAACGGCUUCAUGGAGGAUCUGGACAAGACGUGGGUUCGCUACCAGGAGUGCGACUCCAGGAGCAACGCCCCCGCCACACUCACCUUUGAGAACAUGGCAGGUGUGUUCAUGCUGGUGGCCGGCGGCAUCGUCGCUGGGAUCUUCCUCAUCUUCAUCGAGAUCGCCUACAAGCGGCACAAAGACGCACGCAGGAAACAGAUGCAGCUGGCCUUCGCCGCCGUCAACGUGUGGAGGAAGAACCUGCAGCCGUACCCAACGGACAUCACCGGCCAGCUCAACCUAUCGGAUCCCUCCGUCAGCACGGUGGUCUGAGAGAGAGAGGCGCAGAGGGCGAGCAAGCUGCAUUGCUGCUGCUGAGCCACACACAAACACACACACACCUUAUGUCUUUCUAUCUUCACGAGGACUUUGCAUUAACUUCCAUUAAUUUAUCAUGCAUUUCUGUAGCCUGACCCAAACCUUAAGACACCACUGCUCCUCAUGGAGUCCCGGGCUUUGGGCCCCAUGAGGAGCAGUGGGUCCUCACAAUGUAGGGAAAAUGGUCCUUACAAGGUGAGAAGUCCUGAAACACACACACACAUAUGCUCACACAUGUUGGUGUGGGGACAUUUUGGAAAAUGUCCCCACACCAACAUGUGUCCCCAUAAGGACAGGUUACCCUACAGUUCUCACAGUCAUAGCAAUGCACACACACACACCCACACACACCCACGCACACACAUGCUCACACACACUCACGCAUUGCUCCACUUGUAGCCACCAGCUUCUGAACUCUUUUAUUUUGAAAUAAGUUGUACAGUUCUGUUUCCUGUUUCCUCUCACACACAUAUCAAACGUCCCGACCAGUUCUAGAACCAGCUUAGACUGGUUUUAAUGGUUAUAGCUCAUCAAUCCAUCAAUGCUGGUUCCUUUAAAUGUCAACAAACACUUCCCUGCUGUGACCAAUCAAAUUCCUGGGCUUUGCUAAGUGGGUGGAGCCUCUGAAGAAGGAAGGAAGCAGCUGUUUCCUCUCCAGUCAGCCUGCAGCGCCACCUUCUGGUCUGGGAGCGCGUUGCUCAGCAUUCAGGAAUAAUUCAUCGUUAACUGAGAUAAAAAUAAUAUUUAUCCCUCAAACUGCAGCGUCUGGCUGUCGGUUAAAUUCAGGUCACCGAUGUUUCCAGUUCAGAGCUGCACUGAAGGAAAUCACACAAAAUUACAUUUCUGCUUCUUUAAUGUUGAAAAUUCCCAGAUUUUGGGCGUGCCGUGGUGGCGCAGGGGACAGCGCGGCCCACGUUCGGAGGCCUUGAGUCCUCGACGCGGCCAUCGUAGGUUUGAUUCCCGGACCCGGCGACAUUUGCCGCAUGUCUUCCCCCCUCUCCUUCCCCCUUUCCUGUCAGCCUGCUGUCCUAUAAGGGCCACUAGAGCCACAAAAGACCCCCUGGAGGGGUAAAAAAAAUUCCCAGAUUUUUCACAAUGCAGCAGCUUCAUGAUGUUAGAAGCUGUGGCGGUGGAUCCAGUGGAUCCAGUGGAACCAGGAAGUUUCUGGAUCAGAACUCCAAAUAGAACCAAUAAAAGAGAGAAUUGAUUUGGAAAGUUGUUGGUUAAAUAUUUGAAUUAAAAAUGAAGCCAGUAAUCGACUGAAUUAUUAGUUACUAAUGUUAAUCUUUAAUAAUAAAUAAAACUCAUGCGGUUCUGACCCACAAGUUCAACAUAAAUUCCUUAAAAUCAAAUUAAGAAAAAUAACAUUGAUUUACAUGAAUCAUCUUUAGAUGAAACUUUAAUAAUCAAACAGAAAAAUAAUUUCCUGUAGAUUUUGCCUCCAGCUGUUUCCUCAUUUUAUUGUUUUCAAAUCAUUUUUCAGCAUCUUAUUUUAUUUGACAUGAUUAAUUUUAUUAUUAUAUAAAUGUUGAACUUUUUAAUCCAGAAUUUUUAGCUCAGUUUUAUUUGUAGACAAUGUUAUUGACCUAAAUCCCCAAUUAAUAAUUCUGAAUUCCCCUGUAGCAACAGCGCCCUCUGCUGGCUGGAGUCCGAACAGCCGCCUGAAGAUAAACAGCAGAGCUGCAGGAGUUUAUUCACUUGAACUCUGUUCAGGUUAUUAUUUCAGAUAACUAUUAACAGUUUUAUGAUUAAAUCAGAUAAGUUUAACUUUAGAAAAUAAUUGAAGAAAUUUGUGUAUUUAACAACAUCUUGUUCUGUUUCCAAAAAAAGUCUGGAUAACUUUGUGUUUUUCAGUUUUUUAACUCAUAAUAAUGGAAUUUAAACAUAGAUGCUGAUUUACUGCCAUCUUGCGGUUCUGAUCUUUAUUAAAUUCAAACAAAUUUAAAUAACGAUAAUUUUGCUGCUUUUGACCUGAAAUCAUGAGGAUCAGCUGGAGUCCUCCCUGAAUGGAAACUUCCCACCCAACAUGGCCACCUGCUUUCUUUUUCUUUUCUGUCUCAUUAAAUCCACACACCAGCCGAGAACUCGAUCAGAACCGAGCCCAGCAGAACCGGGUCGUGUUGGACCCAAUGCCAAUGCAGAUCCAAUGGGCUCUUUGCACCUGCUGCACUGACGUCACAACCGCAUGCGCAAAUGCUGCUCUCUUGUUUCCGCUCUGAGUUACCAUGACAGCUAGAAAAGACAAAGUCUUAUUUCAGACGCAAAUAAAACAAUACUAUGAACAUUGCUGUCUUCCUAAUAUAAUGGGCUUUUA